UUUUUUGCCGGAGGUUUUGGAUUAGAGGCUUAUCUCUAAAAAUAGAUCUUAUUGUUUAUCUCGCCACGCUUCGUUGGUGUCAUGCCCUAUUUAUAGUAAGGAUCAUCCGUUGUCUGCUGCUGUCAUACUCAGAUCUGUGUCGUCGUAUCAAACCACGUGACCACGCUACUGUCACAUUUACUGGACCAGAUGACCGGCGUUGUUGUCAUCGAAAAGUUGGAAAGCUAAACUAGAAAUAAUCGGUGACCUUGAUUUGAUGGGAAUUAAGCAGUUAGUACCGGAAAACCUUCAAUCACGUGACUACUAGCCGCCAGCGUCUUUCCAACACAAACACAAAAUAAAAUACAAAGAAGAUGAGCAAGAAAAAGAGAGUUGGACCGAAUGAUUUUCUGAAUUCGCUCAAAGAUGCGCAGAGUUGCUUUGAACAGAGGUUCAACUGUAUAGUGUGCAUGGAACCCAAGCUGGAGAUGGUUUAUGGAUGGUGUCAGCAUCGCCUGUGUGCUGACUGCCUGUACAACCAAGAUUCCACCCUGAGAACCAACCUGCAGAGGUGUCCUAUCUGUGCCAAGUUGGGCAGUUUUCCAACCACUAGGCCUGAUAUUCCGGAGGAUUCUGUGGAGUUGCAGAAAUGUUUGGGUGUGCGAGUAUGUCCCAACAGUGUCAGAGGUUGUAAGACAAAUAUCUGGGACUGGGAGAUGGAUGAACACCUCAGCACCUGUCAGUUUGAAGAGAAGAAGAAAAGAGUGCCAGCCAAAAGGCCAAGGUUGUGUGACAAGAGUGAGCAAGUUACAACACGCAGCAUGAAGCGCAAACCCAACAAGUCUGCUGACAGUCUGACCGGCAAAGCCAGUGAUCAAAGAAGACGCUCAGCACGUUUGUUGAAUAAUAGUUCUCAUUAGUUUUUUCAUUUAUUUUGGCUCCCUGAAAUGAUGUGAAGGUUUAAACACCUUGUGAGUAGAAAGAGUAAAAAAUGUCAAGAACAAAUAGACAAAGAAGGAAUUCACACAAAAAUAGAAAGACAAAAUUUUGUUGAAACUAGUUCAGUUGGAAAAUAGAUACAAUUUUAAAUCAUAUUUAUUUAUAAAUUAAUAUAAUAGUAAAAUAUUAUUUUUAUCUAUGAAAGUAACCGUAAACCAUAAGAUUAAAAAAAUAUAAAAAUCAAUGUUUAUAAAAAAAAUUUCAGUAAUUUUACCUACAGUUUAGUAAAACAUUUUCACCUAUAAACUGCAAACAAUGCUGGACAAUACUUCCUGACAGUAAAUUGUACAGUUUCAACUGGCUCUAACAUUAGGAAUCAAACCUUCUAUGAGCCUGUUUUUCAUUAACACUUCCAUUUCAAUUUUUUUAAAGAAAUUUUGACGCAGUAUAUUUUUCAUUGUUUUAAAAAUUAAUAUACAUAUAAACAAAUUUUAAAAUCAAAAUAAUUUAAUGUUAGUAUUUGCGCCCAAGAUAUUUUGUUAUCAGCUCGUAAUCAAGCAAUCCAUUAUUUUUUUGGGUAAUGCUUAGUCUGAUACACAUAUUAAUUUAAUUGCAUAUUUAAUCAUGCUUCAAAAAAAAAAAUUAAAAAUUCAGAGGAAAGAUAUUUCUCAAAGUGGAUAGCCCUCAUUAUAAUCACACCUAAUGUUUCAAUACAUUGCUUAUUAUUAAACCACUUAGCUAAAGACAGAUCUAUUGCUUACAUGUUCAAAUGUAAGUUAUUUAUAGAAGUCACUGUGUUCCAAUCACCAGAAUGUAUUUCUUAUGUAAAGUUGUACAUACGUCAUUUACACAAGGGUUAAACCUCUUCCAUUGAAAUCUCAUGUUUCUUAUGUAAAGUUGUAUAUACAUCAUUUAGUCAAGAGUUAAACCUCUUGCAUUGAAAUCUCAGUAAUCUGGGCUAUUAAAUAUUUUGAAGGAAGUGCUUUCAUUUAGCCAGAUGGUGGCAUUGGGUUGUGAUAGCCUUGAAUGUAACAUAGGUGUGCAAGCUGUUUGUCUGAGCUUUUGACCUGUAUAGUGCAGUCUGGGUGGCUUAUGUUUAUAUGAUGUACAUGAGCUUAUAAACAAGUAGGAUAUCUUGUGUGCAGUUUAUAACAUGCAUAUAGGGGGCGGUAUACGUAUAACAAAGUUGACAUACGAACCAUUACAGUAUUAUUUUUUUUAUGGCAUUAAUAAGGCCCAUACAACAUAAUGAUGAUAAAAUUAAUGCUGUUGCAACAUAAUGUUAAAAGAAAGGGGUGGUACAACUUAAUGUUGAUAAAAUUAUGGCAGUACAACAUAAAGUACAGGGUAAACUAACAAGCACAUAUGAGACCAGCAGAUGUUUGAGUCUACGUGUGUCCAUUUAUUAUCCCAUGCAACAUAAUCUCCACACUGAAACUCUUUCUGCAUCUGUCUUUGAAACUACAUACUUAAAGCAGUGUACUAUUGAAACCACAUACUUUAAGCAGUGUACUAUUGAAACCACAUACUUAAAGCAGCGUACUAUUGAAACCACAUACUUAAAGCAGUGUACCAUUGAAACCGCAUACUUAAAGCAGUGUACUAUUGAAACCACAUACUUAAAGCAGUGUACUAUUGAAACCACAUACUUAAAGCGUUGUACUAUUGAAUCUGGGGUUGUUUUUUUGUUUAGUUUUUUUUUUUUUGUUGAUUUUUCACCUGUUUAAAUAUUAAUUUAUUUUGUCCAAUGCAUACCAAUGAUUUUUUCUUUAUUUACCUUGUUCUCAGAUUGAACCAUGAAUAAAUUAUUAUUA